AGACAUAAAGUCAGUGAGGGGAGCUGCUGGACCAGAAAACUUCUCCAGCAGCCGUGUACAGGGUCAGUGUAUCAGCAGAGGCCAUACGGAAAGAAUCUCUGGGAAGCCCAUCCUGCGGAUAUGACUGUCCAUAGCACCUGCCAAGUCUAUAUGAUGCUGAGAUUUUACCUUCUUGUCAUACAAUCAUGUCUGGGGAUUGUUGCUGGCUCGUCUUGGACAUACACAGGUCCUCAUGGGCAGGAGCAUUGGGCUCACUCAUUCCCAGACUGUGGUGGGACUGCCCAGUCACCAAUUAAUAUCCAGACAGCAAAUGUGUCUCUUGAUACAAGCCUUCCACCCAUAGAACCAGAAGGAUACACAACCCCUGGAACAAAGCCUUUUACUCUCCGCAAUAAUGGACACACAGUUGUCAUGUCUCUCCCGCCUUCCAUGUAUCUCAGAGGCCUUCCAAAGAAAUUCACAGCGGUCCAACUGCACCUGCAUUGGGGCAGCAAAACUAACCCAGGGGGAUCUGAGCACCAGAUAGAUAAUGAAAUAUUCCCAGCAGAGCUACACAUCGUCCAUUACAAUUCUGACAACUAUGCUAACAUAAGCCAGGCUCAAGACAAGCCAGAUGGACUUGCUGUUCUAGGGAUCCUUAUUGAGACUGGGAUUGAGAACAAUGCAGGCUACGAUAACAUACUUCGCUAUCUAGAGAAUGUGCGGCAUGCAGGUGACAGUAUGAGCAUCCCAAGCUUUGACAUCCAGCAGCUGUUUCCAGAGAACCUAAACAUUUAUUAUCGCUAUAGAGGAUCACUCACAACUCCCCCCUGUUACCAGAGUGUGCUGUGGACCGUCUUCCACCAGAAAGCUAGAAUCUCUGAGUCCCAGUUGGAGGCAUUACAGAAAACACUCUUUUCUACUGGGCGAGACACAUCCUCCAUCCAGCUGGAGAACAAUGUCCGAGUCCCUCAGUCACUAAACCAGAGGAAAGUUUACAUAUCUACAUUAAUGGAACCCAAGACAACAUUCCCUGCAGGUAAAAUUGUUGCCAUUAUUUUUGGGAUAUUGGGCAUGCUGUUGGGCAUUGCGUUAAUCACGCUACGUGUUAUUCAAAUUAAAAGGAAAAACAAGAAGGAGAUGGGAGAGAAGCCAAAUGAUGUUGUCCUCAAAUCCCCAUCCAGCCCUGUUGAGAUACCAGAUGAGAAGCCCUCACAACCUUAGAGCCUAUCAGAGUCUUCUCUUUUUCUAUGAGAUGAAGUGUGCACUCAUAGACUGAAGCUAUGUCCCUACAACUGUCAAACACAUGCUGCCUUCAUGCACCUAAGUGAAUUUUGUACCAUGACUGUUAAAUGUGAAUGAUCAGGACGUCAGCAGAUGCAUUAUAAUAAGGAUGUCCUGUUGAUAGAUUGCUGUGGAAUGCAGGAAAGUCAGGAACUUAUGGUUUCCUCAUUUUCACAAAUCAGACUGCAACUUGUUCACAGCUGAAUCACCUUGACAAUUAUGAAAAAUCAGCUGCCUACGGGGUCAUGAUGUCUAAAUACAAUGUGACACUGUAAAAUAAUGAAAUAUUCUACAAGUUUUUUGUUGUACAAUAUAAGGUCACGCUUCAUUACCUGAUCAACAGGAUAGUAGUGUCUCUCUGGAUAACUGAAAUACGUCUGCCCUCUAGUGUGCAUGAGCUAUUUUAAUACUUCAUAUUCCAUAACUGGAGUUAAAGUGAAAACAUCUCAAACUGUGAAAACAAAGCUUGAACAAGCAAGGUCACUUUAAACCUCAUAUAAAGCUUCCUACAUUUGGCGUUUGUAUUUUUUUCCUUUAGUUCAGUGACUUCUGAUUUCAAAAGACACGGACAACUGAAAGUUUAAGAACACACCAUCACCACAUCUUUCUAAUACAGGCCAAGUAUGAAGGAAGAACAGCGCAAACAUCCACCUGAAGUUUCUUUGUGUGACGGGAAAGACUGAACUGGCUACUAACCAGAGGGGAAGUGGGGAGUUGGAGAUGCAAAUGUCCUCCAUAAAAUACUUGCUGUAUCAUGAGUGAUCCAGGGAAAGUGGUAGGUGGGUCAUGAUCAGAUCUAGAACAGGUCACAUGGCCCUACAGCUCCUUUAAAGCCCUCAAUAUAAGUUGUAUGCCCAUAUAAGACUUCAAAUUGCUCUGAAACCCCUGUUGGCCAUAUCUCAUCCAAAGUGUCCAUUUCUUUUAAAUUUUUAUUUUACUGGACAGUCUGAAUAAAUUCUGACCUAACAGCCUUAGGAAUAAUGUGGGUUCACACAAGAAGUGUGUGUAUUUUUAUUAACCUAGCUUGCAUUUGACCCAUCCUCUUUAAUAUCAGCUACACUUGUGUGUCGGUUAUUAUUAGGCCAUCAUUAUAUAUAAAGGUGAAAUAAAACUGUUUUCACAAGCUACAAAAAAGACAACACUGCUAUACCUUACAAUGACAGACAAUAUGGUGGUGAGAUGUAAUACUGCUGAAGCCAGGAAAAAAAAUAAUCCUAUAGUGAUGUGAAUGUUUCUAAAUGAACUUUUAAGCCGGACACAUUUUAUGACUUUUAUACAUUUUGUGUAACGUUAUAUUUUUAAAUACAGUUAUAGCUUGAUGUUUGGUAGUCUCUGUGUGUCUACAAAUCUUUGUAAAUAAAUGUGUUUUAUAAUGACUAAA